AUGGAAAAUAUAACUUCAGUAAAGUUGGAAGAAUCCACUGCGAUAAAGGUGGAAGAGCUUAUUAUAACCGAUGUCUUAGAGGUAAAGGAUGAACCAUUCGAAAAUAACGGAUAUUCCUGUGAAACACUGACGACUACCUCCGGAGAUGACGGACCGGUUGUGAAACAAGGAUCUGCUGUAAUAAACAUUAUUGAUGAAGCAACAGAAACGGCUUCUGCUGCAGCAGCUGAUGAAGAGAAAACAACUGAUGGUUUGGGCAACUCGCACGCUUUGGAAGCGGACCCUCCUACUGGCAGUGGCAGUCAACCGAAACACUUCCAUACAUCCGGAUCCGUUGAGCCAAAACCUUACAAAUGUGACCACUGUAGUUCUCGCUUCUCACAUAAGCGUAGUCGCAAUGUUCACAUCAAAAAGAAACAUCCAUUGUCUGGAAUACCAAAACUGCAGAAGGAAAGCUUAAAGCGAAACAAAUCCGACAAACCACUGUUCAAAUGUGAUUUAUGCAGUAAAGCUUUCACGUCAAAUCAAGCACUAAAGGAUCACCGUAUUAGAGAGCAUACGACGGAAAAGAAAUUCAAAUGCGACACUUGCGGUAAAGAGUAUCACAUGAUGAAACAGUUGGAGAGGCACGUGAAAUAUCACAACCCAGAGCGUCCGUAUAAAUGCGAUAUCUGCGGCAAUGGCUAUAAGACCAAAGAGCAUCUCGUAAGGCAUGUGAAAAUGCACACCGCAACGCAAUUUUUCGAGUGUGACGUGUGUGGUAAAAUUUGUAAGACGCCCAGAACACUGCAGGAGCAUAAAAUUAUAAAACACACAUCGGCAAAGAAAUUCGCAUGUAAAGUGUGCGGCAAUGAUUUCCAUAUGAAACAUCAGCUAACGACCCACCUGAAGCUGCACAGCUCGGAAUGCCGGCACCGGUGUCCGAUUUGUGGAAAAAAUUGUCUAUUUCCAAGUCGGCUUGCACGGCAUAUGCCUCUUCACGGCGACGAACGACCGUUCGAAUGUGACAUCUGCGACGCAUCCUUUAAGACACCUGUUGGCUUGCAGCAGCACCGGAAAUUCCACAUAUCCGACAAUCGAACGUACGCUUGCGAUAUCUGUGACCGAAAAUUUGCCAACAACUAUGACCUUACGUGUCACUUGAGAACUCACACCGGCGAGCGACCGUUCGAGUGUGACAUAUGUCACAAAACUUUCAUCAGACGCGUAGACCUCAGUCGGCAUAAAAUCCAAAACCACACACAGGAAAAACACUUCGGAUGUCCAGAAUGUGGUAAAAAAUUUGCCUUGAAAGCACGAUUGACGAAGCAUCUGAAAAUACAUAAUUCGGAUUGCUCAUAA